CCGACUGUCAAAAUUUGAAACUAUGGGUGUUCGUGGAAGGUCCAGAUUUUUGCUGUUUUCAACAUAUAUUCUAAGUUUCGUCGGUAUUUUGUUAUCUCUAUACGCUUAUUAUGUGGAGACAUCGGCAGAAAAGGACAAGUCAUUCAAGGCCAUGUGUGAUUUCAGCGAGAGUGUCAGCUGUUCCAAGGUGUUCACGUCCAGGUAUGGAAGGGGCUUUGGACUUCUCCAGUAUAUUGUGGGACAUGACAGUCCGCUGAACCAACCAAACAGUGUGUUUGGUAUGAUGUUCUACCUCAUGCAGAUCGUCUGUGCCUCAAGUGUCCUACCUAUGUUGACCACCGUACAGAUUAUAACGGGAGUGAUGGCUAACUUUGGUUCAGUGUAUCUCGCCUACAUUCUCUACUUCAUCCUGGAGGACUUUUGUGUCGUCUGUGUAUCAACGUAUGUCGUCAACGCCUUCAUUUUGGCCUGUGCAUGUUUGAAGCAGAGGAACUACAACUCGGCACAAAAAACAAAGAGGAAACACAAACAGAGCUAAUAAUUGAUGACACGCAAAAACAAAAAGAAAAUCCAUUUCUUUCAUAAUAUAUAUUUGUAUGACUGCAUGUUAGUGCAUUUGAAUGAUAAAUAUUUGAUCAAAAGAAUGUAAAAAAAAAUCUGAGUAGGCUGCUUUUUAUUGUGGUUGAAUUUAGACCACGGGUAUACAGAAAGAGAAUGGCAGACUGCUCCCUAGGUUUAAGCCAUACUUGCCAACUUUUUUUAAAAUUUCCACGGGGGAGAUUGUGCACACUCAGAAAUAAGUCCAUAUAUUGAUAUAAUGUAUGUAUGUACACCGUAGGGAAAAAUAUCACUUAUAAAUGACUUCUUUUAGAUAAAAGCAUUGGAUGUUAAAGCUCAAUUUUAGGGUCCAAAAUUGGGGAGUCUCCCUCGAAAAAAGGGGAAGUUGGAAUGUUAAGCAUUGCACAAUCAUCAUUUAGUUUGACCUUAGUUUGACCUUUAGUCAUUUAAGCUGGGGUUUUUUGUCUUUAUUUUCUUGUACUUUGUUUUUAAUUCUAAUGCUUUUCACUUUCUGCCUUGUUGAUACAUCUGUAGAGGGGAUGCAGGGAAGGACAUGCAGGGGUGAAUGAGGCUGAACAAGUUAGUGCAGCGAGCAGUGUCAAAUCUGUUAAUGUUUUAUAUAUCUCUCAAAUUAAAAUAGCAAAAUUUGUAUUGUUUAUUAGCUCAUUCACCCCUACAUAUUUUUAAAUUGGACUUGCCCAGUCUUUCUGGGGGGGAAAUUUGAUAAAUGUGACUUCAGGGGAAAAUGGGUUAAUUGCUUUCAUUUAUGAAGGAAAAUCCUAAUGUAACUUAUUUUUCUAUUUGCGUUGGAUUGUAUUGAGGUGUCCUCCAAAUAGUAUGAUACAAACAACGAGAAUCGCAUUCAAAUAACUUUUUAUAUCUUACAAAGAUUUUAUCCCAUGUUUUCAAAAUUAGCCAUUUUAAGUUUGAAAUGUUUUGCAAAACAUGUAUUAAAAAUACGUUUAUACCCCUAUCGACAAAAGGUAGGGAGGUAAAACUGGAAUCAGGGUUUCAGUCUGGUUAUCUGUCCAUGGAUGGAAGCUUGUAUGACAUGUCGCAUUUAUGAACUUAAAUUACUGCCACUAAACUUCCCAACCUGUUUUUAUGAAACUUGAUACACAGAUAAAAUCAAUACCUUAGGUUGUAUUAUGCUUGCAACUUACCCGUAUUUAUUAUGUAAACAGUUUUGUUGCAAGUUAUAUAUAUUUAUCUAAAGAAUAAUGCUUUCCUGAUUUACCAAUACUUAGAACAAAUGAUAAGUGCCUUAGAUUGUGAGAUUGAAAUCCAUUUUUGUCCCUCACCCAUUCCUUCUCCACAAGUAUUUAAUGUGCCCCUUUGCUUAUUUUUUGUUUGGGUGGCAAAGUAAAAAGUUUGUCUGUGGUUUUCAGGGUUUUUGGAAUUCAAAUUAAUGACAAGAUUGUAUGUUAAAUGUAAAAUCAAUAUACGGUGAAAAAUCAUUCCUUCGGUUUGCUCAAUUUCUUUUCAAUUUAAGUUUGACAGCUACUGUUUUAUUUCAUAGUACUUUGUGUCAACAUGAGAAUAGGAAGUCAUCUGAACUUAAUUUCUCAAUCAAAAUAUCCUUCAUAAAAUGUUCUAUUUUGUAAAAUUGAAGAAUAACAUGCAUUAAGGUAGUAAAUCAUUGCAAGUACAAUCAAUAAGCACAGUUGACAGUUGUUAUUUAAACCUUUAUCUUUAAUUGAUUUUGAAAAAUCAGGAGACAGAUCAUUUGUUAUCAUACCAGAAGAGUAAGUAAAUCUGCCGGAAGCAUUUAAAUUUACUUUCCUGUCAAAUCUUAUAUAUAGCAAUUAUAAAUGAUUUGUUAAAGGAUUUUAUUGAUUUCUGGUAUUGAUUUAUACUGCUGGACUAAAUUUGAACGAUUGUGUCAAAUUGUGUCAAAAGGAACUAUAAAUACAUUGAGCAUACAACUCUGUUGAAAGGUAAUGAAAAUAGACACCGUAAGAAAUAUGCAUCUAAGAUAUUGAUUCAUGGAUCAGAAUGUUAUUAAUUGAAAUUUAUUUGUUUUGAACAAUUAUGGAACAAGUUUUAUCAACUUGUAUUAGUCAAUUUUGUUCCCCUAGAUGGAAAUGCACAAGAGGUCCUAAUGUGGAAGGAAACGGGGGUAUGCGGAAAAAAUCUGCACGGUGAGGGUUAUGAACCCCUAGCCUUCCAACGUUAUGUGUACAUCCUCCUAUAUUCCAGGGUGUUUAUUGUAUCCAUAUUAGCAUGUUUGAUAGUAUGUUAACAAACUUUGUUAUUCUGUCAGACUAUCAUAGAUGUAUUAAUUGUAACAAAUAGGGUUGUAAACGGUUAAUUAGUUGCUCGGUCGGAAGACUGUGAACUAUUUAACAAAAUCAAUAACUUAAUAAUCGAAUAUUUGUUGGUUGAUUGAUUACCAAACAGACCAAAACAUGUUACGUCCUUAAAUGACCAUGCUUAGCUGUUAAAAGGGCAUAAAACACAAAACAAACAACAACAAAAAACUGACCGAUUGACUGGUUACUCGGCUGGUAAUAAGUGUUUCAAAACUGUUACAGUUUUAUUGAUUUUUUAGUAUGAUCACUACUUCUGGCUGAGAAUAUGUAACAAAUGCCUUCAUUCUGGUUUUUGUGUGUGUGAUUUUUAACAAGCACUCUAGCUCUUCAAUAAUGCUCCGCACAUCAAGUGCAAUAUAGUUUGUGCAGUAUAUUUCGUAAUCUGAUUUUAGGGAGUGAAAACAAAAUGAAAAAUUACUUAAAACUAACCCUUCAAUUAUUGGUUUGAUGUAGCUUAUUUGUAUUCAGUUCUUGUUGUUUACUUUAUCGAUAAAAAUAAUUCAGGAUAAGAAAUUGGAUUUUUUGCAGACAGACUCUAGUUUUUAUAUGUAACCAGUGACUUGUAGCAGCUCUUACAGAUGGAAGUGAGAUAUAUAGAAUUCAAUUUUCCAUGAGAUUAAUUUUUUUCUAACUUAUAGCUAAUAAUAGGUAUUAAAAAACAACUUCCAUUUUGCAUUAAUAGCCAUAUGAAUGCCAAAUGGAAUGCAACAAAUUUAACACAUGCUUAAUGGAAUUUGGUUGAAUGAAGAAGUUUUUAAUAUCUUGUUAGCAAUAAAUUUACUACUGUGGGAAUUAUGGUUUUUUUUUCUCUCUUUUUAAUUUUAUAUUUUUUCUCUGUUUUCUUUUUUUAAGCAGUACUUUAUGAUGAAAUUUUUCUUUUUUUAAAGAGUGAAACAUUUGAAGGUUACAUAUACCAGCCAUAAGUAUUUUGUAUAAUGGCUUUAGGUUUUUUGUAUUAUUAGAAAGAAAGCGAAUAUGUAAAUAUAUUUGAAAUACUACCGUAUUUUCCCAAUCAGAAAUAUACAGGUCUCUGAAAACAUGGAAGAAAAAAAUCAUGGAGCUCUGUGCUAUUAUUAUAUUGAUUUAAAUUUACCUCUGGCUAAACUUUUUAUUGUCAUACCACUAUUAAAAAGAAUGUAUUGAAAAAAGUAUGCCACACCAGGAAUUUAAUUCCAUGGCCACACCCACCGUGAUUGGUGCAUAACAUAAUUCAUAAGUACAUGUACUAUGAGAUUACAGAAUUGACAAUGUCUUAACUGCUUGAUAUACUAUUUUAAGGUAACAGAUGACCUGCAGACACGAGAAAAUCAUAUUUCAACACAUUUUUGUUACUUUUUGACAGUUGUCUUUUUCGACAAUUUACUGUAAAGCAAUGAAAAGAAUUAUGAAACAAAAUCUGAUUAACACUUGUUGCCUAACAGGGCUGUUUCGACAGAAGAAACAAGAUCUAUUCCUGUGAAAAAUAGGCUGUUUCACAAUUUGAAUAAACAGUUUGUUUUGAAUAUAUCCUGAACUAUAAGAAACCACCAUGACGUUUUAAACGUUAAUGUAAGGUUCAAAUGCAUUUUUUAAAAACAUUUUAAAUAAUAUGCAACACAGUUCCAUUCAAACAUUUUCUCUCACAAGCGCUUCACAAAAUCAUGGAAUAAGUUUGAACAGAACUGUAUUUCAUACAAUCAUAAAUGUAUUUUAAAAUCCAUUUCAACUCCUUAAUGUACUUCACAGAAUUUAAAUUUUAUUUUAUAAGGUAAAUGCUAUCAGUAUUAAGAGUGAUAUUUAAUACAUCAUUUGUAAAAUACAGUAAUUUGUAAAAUACAGUACAUUGUAAAAUACAGUACAUUGUAAAAUACAGAAUACAGUACAUUGUAAAAUACAGUACAUUCAAUUGAUGAGUUGUAUUGAUCGUUAGCACUCGAUAUUUACUGAACGAUUUGUGUGCAAGUACAGUCAAUGGCAAUAUCCUCUGAAGACAUUCAUGGUGUUAUUCUUAGCUUAAAAUCUGUCGAUCGUACCACAAAAGAGACAAUAGAAUUUCGUAGAAACGUUGAAAAAUAUGUAACAAGCAUAUAAAUAAUGAACAGGUAAACAAAUCAAAAUAUUUUUUAUGUCAAACAGGUCACAUUUUUCUAUUCCACCGAUCAUUUUGAAAAGAAUAGUUAGCUUUUUGUGUAUUUUAAUUUUGUGAACUUUUCUUAAGAUACCGAUGAAGAAAGAUUAUGGCUUCAUAUAAAAUCUUCUAAUUCACAAUUUUGUGAAAGUACCAGAUUGUAUUAUAGCUGUAUGCAACAGAACAGGUUCUAUUCAAGAAAUCCCUCUGUAUAGCAUAAUUAAUAAGUAUAGAUCAUUAUUUAACUGGUGUGAAAUGUUUGACGGAACAUUUUGUUUUGGCAAGUUUUGAGAAAAAUAGAAAUUCCAAGACUUGAAAAUUUAUAUUGAUAUCCAUGUCAAUCAUUAUCAUUAUUAUACAUGAAAAGAACGUAUGUUAUUUAAAAAAUAAAUCAUAUCAAGUUAAAAUGAACAAUGUGUGAUGCAAGUAGAAUUCCAUACAUCCUUUUGUAACAUGCAUUUAGAUGAUACUUGGUAUAGAGUGAUAUUUAUGUGGCAGUGUGAUUGUUCAAUGCAAGAGAUAUAAAUCUACCUUAAGCUUGUGAAUGCAUACAAGAUACAAGAAACUUUAUUUAACGUCGCAUACAGGUAAACAAGGAACAUUAGCUCUUGAGAGCUAUUAUUG